AUGGAGAUGAAUUCCUCUCUCCCCACAAAUGUGUCUGGAGGUAUGCGUGCUGUGCCUGCCGGCUAUCUUGUCCUGGACAUCGUCUCUUAUUUGGUAUUUGCACUUACCUUUGUCCUUGGCAUCCUGGGCAAUGGGCUCGUAAUCUGGGUGACUGGGUUCCGGAUGACGCACACAGUGACUACCCUCUCUUACCUGAACCUGGCCUUGGCUGAUUUCUCUUUCACCUCCACUUUGCCUUUCCUCUUGGUCUCAAAGGUCAUGGGAGGACAUUGGCCUUUUGGUUGGUUCCUAUGCAAGUUCAUUAAUACCAUAGUGGACAUCAACCUGUUUGGAAGUGUCUUCCUGAUUGCUCUCAUUGCUCUGGACCGCUGCACCUGUGUCCUGUAUCCAGUCUGGGCCCAGAACCACCGCACUAUAAGCCUGGCCAAGAGGGUGAUCAUCGUGCCCUGGAUUUUUGCUGUGCUCCUCACGUUGCCAGUUAUCAUUCGUCUGACUACCAUUGCUGAUGGAAGGGGCACAGGAAAAAUAAUGUGCACUUUUGACUUUUCACCCUGGACCAAGGACCCUGUAGAGAAGAGGGAGGUGGCCUUCAGGAUGCUGAUGGUGAGAGGGAUCAUACGCUUCAUCAUUGGCUUCAGCACACCGAUGUCCAUCGUGGCUGUCUGCUAUGGGCUCAUCGCCACCAAGAUGUACAGACAAGGCCUGAUUAAGUCCAGUCGUCCUUUACGAGUCCUGUCUUUUGUUGUAGCUGCCUUUUUUCUCUGCUGGUUUCCCUAUCAGGUAGUGGCCCUCAUAGUUACAAUCAGACGCCGGGAACUGUUGUCUGGUAUAAGCCAACAUCUUAGAAUAGCAGUGAAUGUGACAAGUGCCCUGGCCUUCUUCAACAGCUGCCUUAAUCCAAUGCUGUACGUCUUCAUGGGCCGGGACUUCCGAGAGAGACUAAUCCAGUCCCUGCCCGCCAGUCUGGAGAGGGCCCUGAGUGAGGACUUGCCCCUGAGCACGAACACAGCCACUGAUUCUACUUCAUCUCCUGCAGAGGCUAAGUUAUAG